AUGAUAGAUUCUUGGCUCGUCAAACAUCUAUCUCUUGCAGGCCGGUUGCAGCUUAUCUCCUCGAUUCUUUUCAGCUUGCAAGUUUUUUGGACUCGGGCUUUCAUCCUUUCAAAGAAGAUUAUUCGGGUGGUGGAGCAAAAGUUGAAAAGAUUUUUGUGGUGUGGUCAAGAUUGUAAAGCUAAAGCUAAGGUAGCUUGGGAGAAGAUAUAUGUGCCUAAGAAGGAAGGAGGUGAUGGUGCACGUACUUUUCUUUGGUAUGACAAUUGGCAUCCUGAUGGACACUUGAUUGAGAAGUAUGGAUACCGAGCCAUUUAUGAUGCUGGCAGUAAUGUGGAUGCUAGAGUCUCUUAUAUUAUUCGAAAUGGAGAUUGGUUUUGGCCUAGUGCUCAUUCGGAUAAUAUUGUGGCCAUCCAAUGUAGGCUAUCGGAGGUGGAAAUUGGGGCUGCUGCUAACAAGCCAAUCUGGAAAAGUAAAAAUCAUUUCGUGAUGCUCUCCCCACAAAGGAAAGGUUAUGUCAUUGCAGGUUUGGAGUGUAGCUUCAGUAGACGCAUUUGGAGAGAAGUAAUGACUUGCCUCAUCACUAAUGUGGAAGUGGAAUGGGAUAAAGUUGCUGCCUGGUCUGCUGUGUUGAAAGGGAAAGGUUUAUGGAAUAAUUUGUGCAAACUCUGUUUGGGGGCUACGGUUUACAAUUUAUGGAGGCAGAGGAAUGAUCUUGUUCAUAACAAUGUUCCUCGUACAGAAGAGAAUAUUGUGGCUUGCAUUCGGUGGGAGGUGAGGUCAAAAAUGAUGGCUGGUCUCCAUGCCAAGGUCACUGCUCGCAACCUCCAGCUGCAAGUCUGGAAUCUGCAUUGUGGUGUACUUGGUCCCUAG